AGAGACUGGAAUUAAUAUUAAAUGUACAUGGAAUUCAUGUUUAUUCAUUCUUUUUGGAACAUUUAUGGCUCUUCUAAUUGAAAAAUGAAUGGUUUGAUGCUACCUGAGGUAUGUGUUCUGCAAACCACAGUUUGAGAUGUCAGUUACUGCUUGGGAAUAAGUAAAGGUAGAACUUGGCCCUGGGUAUGGAGUUAUGAGGAGCACAAAAGGAAAUCUCACAACACUGUAAAGUUGCAAGUUGUAAAUUAAGGGUUCUGUAAGCUCAGAUAAAAAAGUUAGUGUUGCCGCCUUCUACAAAGGGUCCCUUGUUCAAUAUGUCUCACCAAAGGAAAUUUGCAGUUCACUAAGCCAACUAUAACAAAUACCUGACAAGAAUUGAGCUAGUUCUAUAGUGAUUUUUACAGAUCCCAAAUUUAUAUUUGCGUGCUAAAACCUGACAAACUCCUAAGGAUGUAAACCAGUGAACUGAAUGAAAUCUGGAUUCUACAGUAAGAGCACAUGUAUGCGUUAUGUUAACCAGUUGUGUAAAUGCUCACUUCAGUGGAGACAGUGAGUUCCCUUGCCUUGUUCGGAAACUGAACUGUUGAAACUCUUUAGUUUUUAUCUACUGUAUAAGCACACAGAAUAUGUUGGGCUUAAAUACUGAGGAAUGACUGAUUAGCCAAGGUUAACAGAGGACAUUGGUUCAAAUCUCAGCAGUGUCUCAAAAACAGUUUUUAUGUACAUUAAAAUUUGAAAACUUAGGUAUCUGGUGCUUUCAGAAAUACCUAGGUGGUCAUUCCGGUAUGAAGCUCAGGUAAACAGUUUACUUGUGAUGUGCCCACAGGGAUGGGAUGGUGUGAAAAUCUUUAUCCCUAAUUUAAGAGUUAGAGAGCAGUCCCACAACAAUUCUCUUACACAGUCAUGGCUGACAAAAUCUCUUAACCAUUUAAAAGUUGGUAUUUUCAGUCUUCUUUAGAGUGUCAUUUGGAAGGACCAUUUAGCGGGUUUGGGAAAGGAGAGGAUCUGUGAUCAUUGCAGGGAUAACUGUUAAUUGAUUUAUUCCCAACAGCAUGACUUCUGAUGCCAAACAGAUUCAUCAGUGUUGGUUGUCUCAUCUGGCCCUUUGGUGUUUUGCCAGUCGUGUCACGUGAGAUUCUCAUGUGUGUUCCCUCUAGUUAGAAAGUUUCGUUAAGUCAUUACUGUGUUACUUCUCAAAGGAAUAGAAAGAGUCAUUCAAAGAAAGAACUGUUUUUGAAAAGAGGUGGUCAGGAAAUGUCCGUGCACACACACAAAAAAAGUCUGAAAUAAAUGAUACAUCAUUAUAGCUUUAACUGGUGUUUGCUGAUUUCUCUUCUCUGCUGGCCCAUUUCCUUCUGGGGCUCAGUGGAAGAAACUGCAUUGCAUGGGAUACUCAGCACUGAGACAGUUCUGCUUUUCCUAAGGCUUGAAGCAAUCCAAGAAAAAGAGAAACCCAUUUUUAAUUUCCUGAGCCUGCGUGGGUGAUCUGCUCCCUAUGGGUAUUGGACCAUCUUCGGGAAAGCCAACCUGAGUGUUUGAGAAGGCUGUAGGUUGCAGUUCUAAGGAACAGUGAGGGGGAAGUUUGUUUAUCUGCACAUUGCCCAAGGAGCACAUUAUGCCAAUGCAGAAAACAGAUGUGCCACUUCAAAUGCAGUAACAUGCACAAAGUGCCUUGCUUUGGGUCCAGAGUGUGGGUGGUGUGCUCAAGAGGAUUUCAUGCCCGAUGCAACACAGAAGGGACGCUGCGACACUGUUUUCAACUUAAUGAAAAGAGGCUGCCAAUCAGAUUUUGUAGAAAAUCCUACAGUUCAUGUCACAGUGCCCAGUGACCAUGAAACAAAUACACAAGUGACACCUGGAAAAGUUUCAGUCCAACUGCGUCCAGGAAGUGAAGCAAACUUUAUGUUAAAAGUUCGUCCUCUAGAGAAAUACCCCGUGGAUCUUUAUUAUUUAGUUGAUGUCUCAGCCUCUAUGCACAACAAUAUAGAAAAACUAAAUUCCAUUGGAUUUGCUUUAUCUAAAAAGAUGGAGAAUAUUUCUCUUGAUUUUCGACUUGGAUUUGGAUCGUAUGUGGAUAAAACUGUGUCACCCUAUAUUAGCAUUCAUCCAGGUAGAAUCCAUAACCAAUGCAGUGAUUACAAUUUAGAUUGUAUGCCUCCUCAUGGUUAUAUUCACGUGCUAUCCCUGACUGACAAUAUAGCAGAAUUCAGAAAUGCAGUGAAUAAACAAAAAAUUUCUGGAAAUAUUGAUACACCUGAAGGAGGUUUUGAUGCGAUGCUCCAAGCAGCUGUGUGCCAGAGCCAUAUUGGGUGGCGGAAAGAAGCAAAGCGACUGCUGCUUGUGAUGACAGAUCAAACUUCUCAUCUGGCCCUUGAUAGCAAAUUAGCAGGGAUUGUGAUUCCCCAUGAUGGAAACUGUCAUUUGAAAGAUAACGUGUACAUCAAAGCUACGAGUAUGGAGCAUCCAUCUCUUGGGCAGCUCUCUGAAAAGUUGAUUGACAAUAACAUCAAUGUUAUUUUUGCAGUUCAAGGAAGCCAGUUCCAUUGGUAUAAAGAUCUGUUACCUCUGUUGCCUGGUACUGUUGCAAGACAGAUAGAAUCACAAGCAGCAAAUCUCAAUGAUUUGGUGGUAGAAGCCUAUCAGAAACUAAUCUCUGAAGUGAAAAUUCAAGUGGAUAACCAGAUCCAAGGACUUCAUUUCAAUAUCACUGCAAUCUGUCCUGAUGGAAGUAAAAAAACUGCCAUGGAAGGAUGUAAAAAUGUGGGAUAUAAUGAAGAAGUACUUUUCAAUGUAUCAGUUACAAUGAAAGGAUGUGAUACAAGUGGAGGAAGACAAUAUGCAAUACUUAAACCUAUUGGUUUCAAUGAAACCGCCAUUGUUAAUGUGCAGAAAAGCUGUGCCUGUCGGUAUGGAGACAGUGCAAGGCACAAAAGAGUAUGGGCUGAUGAAACAACUUCUGAUGGCAAACAGACCCCUUGCAGUGACAAUAACUGUAGCUUUAAUAGAGAUAUGCUUCCUUCUGAGAGGUGCAGACAACACCAGGACCAGCCCAUCUGCAGUGGUCAAGGAAAUUGCAUAGAUGGAAAAUGUUUCUGCUACAAAAACAAGCUAGGCAAGGUGUAUGGCAAGUACUGUGAAAUGGAUGACUUUUCCUGCCCAUAUCACCAGGGAAACUUAUGUUCUGGUAAUGGUGAAUGUGAAGCUGGUAAAUGCAAAUGCUUCACUGGCUGGGAAGGUGACCGUUGCCAGUGCUCAUUACAAUCAGCAAAGUACUGCCUGAAUUCAGAGGGCCAGAUUUGCAGUGGAAGAGGAAAAUGUGUAUGUGGAAAGUGUGAAUGCACAGAUCCAAGAAGCUUUGGCCGUUUGUGUGAAUAUUGCCCUACUUGUAACAAAGCCUGUGAAGAAAACUGGAAUUGUGUUCAGUGCCAUCAUUCUAACAAUGCAUCUCAAGCAAAACUUGACCAGUGCACAACCUCGUGCGCUUACCUGCUGCAUUAUAUUGACCAAACUUCAGAAUGUUUCCCUGGACGAAGCUACUUUAGAGUCUUUUCCAUAAUCUUUAUAGUUACCUUUCUGAUCGGGUUGCUUGUUGUCCUUAUCAUCAGGCAAAUAAUUCUGCAGGGGAGUAGCAAUAAAAUUAAAUCUUCAGCUGAUUACAGAGUAUCUGCAACAAAGAAGGAUAAGAUGUUUUUGCCUACUGUUUGUACAAGAACAGUAACAUACAGACGUGACAAACCAGAGGAGAUAAAUAUCGACAUCAGCAAGUUACGAUUAAAUGAAACUUUCAAGUGUGAAUUCUGAAGACAGUGUGUUUUCUGCAAAUGUCUGUUUCCAUCACACUCAACUUUUUUAAAGUUAUCUUUUGUACUCCAUCGGAGUUGUGACUGUUGCCGUAUGGUUUUGUGUACUGCGAUAUUGAAUACUGUAACAAAAUGACAUGUAAGCAUAUUCACGUUAAUGUGACUAUGUUCAAAACUAUAGCUGCUGUAUUUUUUUAAUGGUUUAUUUUUUUUGAAAGAGAAGUGUGCGUUACUACUGUUCAGGAACAUUAGUGUUGAUGUAGCACUUUAGCAUAUUCUAAUUUAUUUAGUUAUGGCCUAGAAUGUAGAUAUGAACCGGUCUGACAAAGCACUGACCUCACUCUACAUGUAGCUAGUACUGGUGUGCUCUGUGGGAAUGGACAAAAGCUGUGACUGAAAUAUUAACAUUGCUGUAUAUUAUAGCAAUAGAUGAAAUUAUUCAAAUGCUCUUAAAUAGAGUAAAUGGUACUUUUAUAGUUCUCUCAGUUGACAAAUUCCACUGAUUUGUCUGCUUUAGCCUCUUAGCUUUUCCUCAUUACUUAAUAAAAAAUGACUGGAUUGAAUGAGUUACUGGUGUGGGUGUACAGUUGUGUGUGUACACACACACACAUGCAUACACACACACAGAGGUAAAUUAUAUAUAUAGUUUUUUAUACAUAUGAUGUCACAAACAUAAUUUAUAUCUGGUAAAGAGUAAUUUUUAGCUUUUUUACUUGUUUCAACAUAAAAACUUUUAUACAAAUUUUAAGGUAUUUGGAAACUGAGUGGCUACAGAAAGCGAGAGUUCUGUCCAACAACAUAGUCUACAUAAUGAUCACUGCCAGCUGACUUCAGCUCUGGAGUCAGCAUCAGCUCCAUUGCAAAUAGAUAAAUUACACCAGAGCUGUGCUUGGUUUGCUAGCUACAUGUCAGUGUUUUGCUAAAUGUUUUGUUCUUUUUUGUAUGAUGUCAGACAUAAGUCUGAUUUUACACAUGGGCUCAUCUUUCUAUGUAAAUUAGUUGACAGAAUUAGUUUUUGUGAAUUCUGACAUAACCACUUCCAUUUUUGUGACUAUGCGUUUGUGACAUAAGAAAUGUGUCCAGUGUGAAGUGGAAAAGAAUCUGCAAUUUGGAAGGAGGUGAGGAAAACAGGAGUCUUUUUUCUCAAGAUAACACAUUAAUUGACUUCAUAAACAUGGGACCAAAUUCUUCCUUCAGAAAUGGGCAAAACUCUUCCAAACACAGUGGGACCAAUACAAGCUUAUCUGAGAGCAGAAUUUAAUCUACAAGGUCAAGCAGGAGCGUUUUCUUACCCCUGAAACUGGCUACAAUGGUAGAAGAUGAGUUACUGUUAUACACUAGUUGGAAGAGUCAGCCUGAUUUAUUAACUUUAUGCUGCCACAACCCUAUGAAAAUCUGAUCAACUUCUAAUGCACUAAAAUCUUGCUGGCAAAAAGAAAAAUCAUCUCAGAAGACA